GGUACACUCAUUCUCAUAUUUAUUUAUGAGACACACUCACUGUAUAUAAAGAGAACCAAUGCACCCCAAUUCUCAUUCCCCCUCACUUUUGGGUUCAAAGUGAUUGCUGACUCCUUAUUUCCUAGUUCCGUCUUUCCUUUGCACAACACAGCAUACACCUUCGCCUAUAGCUACUCUCUCUUCCUUCAAUUCAAUUCCUCAACUCUCUAGCUCUUAUGGAAACUCAACACCAACAACCCACCAUCAAGUCUAGGUUCAGACGCAUCUGUGUCUACUGUGGUAGCAGCCCUGGCAAAAACCCUAGCUAUCAGCUCGCUGCUAUUCAGCUCGGAAAACAACUGGUGGAGAGGAACAUUGACUUGGUUUAUGGAGGGGGAAGCAUAGGGUUGAUGGGUCUAAUCUCACAAGUUGUGUAUGAUGGUGGACGCCACGUGUUAGGGGUGAUUCCAAAGACUCUUAAUGCAAAAGAGAUAACUGGAGAGAGUGUUGGAGAAGUGAGAGCUGUAUCGGGCAUGCACCAACGCAAAGCCGAAAUGGCCCGACAAGCCGAUGCAUUUAUUGCACUGCCAGGUGGAUAUGGCACCCUUGAAGAACUACUGGAAAUUAUCACCUGGGCUCAACUAGGUAUCCAUGAUAAACCGAAUUGGUUGCAGGUGGGGUUGUUGAACGUGGAUGGGUACUACAACUCGCUGCUGGCAUUCAUGGACAAAGCUGUGGACGAAGGUUUCGUAACACCAGCUGCCCGUCACAUUAUUGUUUCUGCCCACACUGCCCAAGAUCUCAUGUGCAAACUUGAGGAAUAUGUCCCCGAGCACUGUGGUGUUGCCCCCAAACUAAGUUGGGAGAUGGAGCAACAGUUAGUUAACACUGCAAAGUCAGAUAUUUCCCGUUGACUAACCAAAUAAUAUUAAUCUUCUUCAAGCUCACUAAUGCACCUUCAAGGACCCUAGAUUUAGUGUAUAAUAUAACCUCAACCAAAAACAACUCAACCCAUGAUGUAGUUGUAAGCUCCACAGAAUAGGGCGACCACAGUCGUUUUUAGUUUAGCUGUGGAUCUAUGUAAUUUCUUUGUUGAUUGGCUUUCAUGGCUGAGACUAUAUGUAUUUUAAUUAUUUCUUAGAGUUACGAACUAAUUGUGCAUUAGAAUUUGACCUGGAUGAUAGAUCGAAGACAUAUUUAAUUAUAGUAAUAUACUAUGCAUUAAUUUUCUGUC